AUGAGCGAGCAUAAUGUGACUCAAGCAGAUCUCAUUGCCAGCGAUGAUAGAAGCAACAAAGCAUGCUACGGUGGGCGGAGUAUCGUUCGCAUUGAAAAAGUCACGGGCUUAGCGCGGAGGGUUAUGAGAGAGGCUUUUGUUGAGAGGGUAGCGACGGCAAUGUGCACCUUUUUUGACUGCAAAAGCUUUUCGACCGAUCUUGGUGUCUCUGUGGAAUGCUCAUUCUUCGGUAUUGCUAGCAACACGGUUGCCGCAGCAAUAGCCUUUGAAAUGGCACACAAUCUGAUAUUAGAAUGGGGAUGUGUCUACAAAGGGGGUGCACCUACUUUCAGCUACCGUCUCGGCGUGGCGGAUGGACUUAAGACCAUGGCCAAUCGCGAAAAGCAAAAUGAGCUUGCGGAAGUCCAGCGCCACGAUCUAGAUUCGGUCACAUCAAGAAGUCUCGAGAAAAAGAAAGAGCUCCAGCGAGAGUUAGGCACGGUAGCGGAACUCUCUGUCAAAGCCAAGAGCACAUCAGACCAUGACGAGGAUGAUAUGGCCUCAAUGAAAUUUGAAUCGGACAACGAGUCCAACAGCGGUUCCAACGACAUUGAUAGGUGGAACAUCAAAGCCGAUUUCAGCACGGAUGAUUUGCAAACCAUCAACCUAUGCAAUGACGUGGACGAGAACAUCGAGACGUAUAUGAAGCGGGAGCAAACCAAGCCACCGAAUCCCAACGAAAUCCCCGAAACUCUGGCUGAGUUUGAUGGAAAGGUCGAACCCGAGACUAAGCCUCCAACGCCAAUGGCAUCUUGUUGGAAAUCUCAGAUGCAGCUCGUUCACUUUCGGACAACAUCGGAGCAGGUUGCGGAUGAUUAUUUAGUGCAGCAUAAGAUUAAGCUUCGCAGUGGAAGAAAACGGAAAUCAACCAUUCGAGAUAAAGAGUCCUAUCGUCGGGGAGAGCAGGACAGUUCAAAAAUUGAUGUCCGCCAAACAGCGCUGACAUGA